AUAUUUGUAAACACAUUAUUUUUUCAAUUGUUAUAUACUUUUUUGUUUGUAAUUUGUUUCUUGUGAUAUUUGAAAAGCAAACAAUCAGCUAUCAUAAUUUGACAGAUAAGCUUUGAAUAAUAUAAAGCUCAACACUAUAGUUAGAAAAGGGAACUCUUGAACCUUUUAUUUUACUCGUGUUUCUGACAGUUCACUAGCAGUUCAACUAAGAUUAUAGUUCACCAAGUGACUUCAGUUGGGCAGGUUGAUAGUGAAAUGGGAGAUGGGCAAUAAUUGUUAUUUAUAUCUAUUAUUUUUACUAUGGCUAAGUUAUUUAAUAAUUUCUUCAGUAUUACUAUUCGCUCGGGGAUUCUUAUUAACAAGGACUGUUCAAAGAAAAAAUUCAACGUGCCUAUCACAUAGGGAUAUUCCCUGUAGUGAUAAUCCGGCUUUUCAGUUAAAUUUUGAUGAACAAGAACAAUGUUCUGUCGAAGAUAAGAUUAAUUCCUUCAUUACAAAAUACCAUAGUGCCUCUUCGGUGUGUUUACCUCCUAGAACACGAGUGGUUUUACUAAUAGUAGAUGCCUUAAGAUAUGAUUUUACAGUUUAUGAUAAUAAAAUUGAAAAUCCACUGCCUUUUCAAAAUAAGUUACCUAUUAUUAAUCAACUCUUGAAUCAAUAUGCUGACUAUUCUAGACUUUACAAAUUUGUUGCUGAUCCUCCAACAACUACGAUGCAGAGACUGAAAGCAUUUACAACAGGUAGUCUUCCAACCUUCAUAGAUGCUGGAUCAAAUUUUGCAAAUUCUGAAAUAAUUGAAGAUAAUAUUGUGGAUCAGCUUUUGAGACAUAAUCAUCAGGUUGUGUUCAUGGGGGAUGAUACCUGGAAUGGUUUAUAUCCUAAUAGGUUUAUAAGAAAUUUUCCAUAUCCUUCAUUUAAUGUUUGGGAUUUGGAUACUGUAGAUAAUGGCGUGAAAGACCAUCUGUUUACUGAGCUGGAGAAAAAUGACUGGAGUUUGUUGAUAGGUCAUCUUCUAGGUGUAGAUCAUUGUGGGCAUAAAUAUGGACCAAAUCAUCCUGAAAUGACUAGAAAAUUAGGAGACAUAAAUCAAAUUAUUGAGCAAGUAGUUUCAAAAAUAAAUAAAUCUGAGGAUGUGAUACUAUUUGUAAUAGGAGAUCAUGGAAUGACAUCGACAGGUGAUCAUGGUGGUGAAAGUGAAGAUGAAGUAACAGCUGCUAUGUUUGUUUAUUCAAGUCAAAUUCUGUCAAGCACCGAUGUUGCUACACACACUGUCAAACAAGUGGAUUUGGUACCAACAUUAAGUACAAUUUUAGGUGUACCAAUUCCCUUUCAGAAUUUAGGAAUUUUAAUAUUAGACAGCUUACCAAUUGUAACAAAAAAUGCAGGAUUUAAUAACUGGAAAUUCAGUAUGUAUUCCUUGUGGGCAAAUGUUCAACAAGUAUUUGAAUACAUAAAGGAAUAUGCGGAAAACGAAGGAACAUUUGAUGAAGAAGUAUUGAAAAAUUUUCAACAGAGAUAUUCAGUUUUAAACGCUAAAAUAAUAGCUGUUGAUAAUGAAGAUAAGUUUCAAGCAUUUUCAGAGGAUCUGAAAAAAUUUCUUUUGGAUUUGCGUCAGUUAUGUGAAAGCUUGUGGGUUCAAUUUGAUUCAUAUUCCAUGGCACGUGGUUUACUUUUCUUAUUUCUAACAACAUUUUUUGUUUAUGUUAUAACAGAUGGAAUCACACCUGAUACCCUUCUUAAAGUAUUUUCUAGUUCAUAUAUUUUUUGUUCUUAUGCUAUAUUGGUUUUAUCGGCUUGUGCAACAGCUAUUGCAUACUAUUUCAAGCUAGUAGAUGAUUUGGUUAAGACAAUUUUCUUUGCUACUGGCUUUUGUUCACAAAUAAUGUUAGCUUUACUGGUAGUACAAAACUGGGACAUUAUAACAUCUAAUUGGUAUUCAAAAAGUAAAAUUAAUACUGCAUCGAAUGUAAUUUGUAGAUUUGUACUUGCCCUUAACGUUGGUGGAUUAUUUUCAAAUAGUUAUAUAAUAGAAGAAUCUUUUGUUCUUCUGUUUCUAUUGGUCACUGUGGUAUUAAUUGGCUCUAUAGGUAUAACUUCUCAGAAAAUUGGUACUUCUAAAAAGAAAUUGGUUUCAAAAUUUUGGAGUCGGUCCAAAUUUAAAUUUAUAGUACUCGCUGUUUUGGUAGCAGUUUUUGUGAGGGGCUCUGCUUACUACUGGCGGUGCCGACAAGAGCAGCAAUGGUGCAUAGGAUCAUACCAUGAAGUUGGCAACAAUACAAAGACAGAAACCACAAAACUUCAAUGGACAAUUACUGUAAUUUUUCUAGGAUUGUUUGUAUUUAUGAGUAAAGAAUGGUUGAGGAAUGCAGGAAAUAUGAAUGGAUAUUCUUCAACUGUAACUGUUGCAAAAUUUUUACCGACCACUAUUGUAGUUUGUAUGUCUGGAUAUUGGGCAAUGGUAAGAGUUUCCUCUCAUAAAAAAUUUGUGGGAUCUUUGAAUUCCGUUAACUCUCUCGCUUGGAGUGUUUAUGGUUUGACCUCUCUAGGAAUUCUAGUUUGUUUACUUAAACCUUUAUAUACAUACGUUUUGCCCAAUAAGAUUUUAUCACAAGAUGUUAACAGCAUACCAGCACUGUUCAAGAAACUUAAGAAUGAUAUUACUGCUCAAGAAAAAAAUAAUGAUGAUAUCCCAAUAGUAUAUGGAAUGGGAACCCUAUACAGUGCAGCAUUUGUUACCAUUGGAGUAUACUUGACGUUACUAUUUGCUCUGCUUUUAGGAGACGCAACAGCUCCAUCUGCUGUCAUAAUGUUUUUGACAGCUGCGUUUAUCCUAAUAGUAACAUCUGUUCUUCGAAUUGGUAGUGCAGAAAACAUAGACCAGUUAUUCGAUGUUCCCAAUAUAUCUAUAGCUGUAUGGAUAAUACUGUCCCAGUAUUUUUUCUACGCAUCUGGACAUCAGCCGUCAUUCCCGAAUAUAUCAUGGGAAGCUGCUUUCAUCGGUACAAGCGGGAUAUUUUCCAAUAACUUCAUUCCUGGAACACUAAUUAUUUUAAAUACAUUUUGUUCUUAUGUUUUGAUGGGUGUACUGCUACCAUUAGUAUUAAUUACGCCAUUCACAGUAUUUGUAAUGAUUCCUUCUCUAUGUGAAAAGAAACCUGAUUUCAGGGUGGAUGCUUCUAGAGGCGAAGUCCUUUUAUUUGAAAGAGACAAAAUGAUGAUGACUUCAAUGUUUACGUUAGCUUGUAAAUAUAUUUUGGGUCAUGCUAUACGGGUAUUUGCUAGUAUGUUGGCCGCUACAAUACAUUGCCGUCAUCUGAUGGUAUGGAGCAUAUUUACUCCAAAAUUAAUCUUCGAAUCUAUAGGGAUGUUUGUCACUUUGGCUUCAGUGAUUGCUGGCUACAUUAUACUUGUAAGAGUCAAUCAAAAAGCUGAAUAUUUUAUACAAUCGAUUAACAAAAUGAGUUGAUUAGUUAAAUGUUGAGUUAAUUAAAAAUGUUGUUUUAUUUAAAAUUAAUCAAUAACAUAAAGUAUUUGUAUUUGCAUUUUUCCAUGUAACAAAUAUACUGUGAUCGUUAUAGUAGUAAUAAAAAUAGAUUUUUCAAA